AUGACGAAAAAAAGGAAAUUAGAAGAUAGCGAGAUUAUUACAUUAAUGGAGGAAUGUAGUGUCAUCAUACAAAAUAAACUGCCAUCAAAGUUGAAAGAUCCAGGGAGUUUCACAGUUCCUUGCACUAUUGGUAAUGUAGAAUUCUUUAAAGCACUGUGUGACCUUGGUGCUAGUGUUUCGUUGAUUCCUUUGACUGUGGCUAGGCAAUUGGGGUUGAAAGAGUUAAAGCGUACUAACAUUUCUUUACAAUUGACUGAUAGGUCUAUUAGACAUCCCAUGGAUAUGGAAGAGGAUGUCAAUAUACCUAUUAUUCUUGGUAGACCAUUUCUGGUCACGGCAGGUACUAUAAUAGAUGUUAAACAUGGCAAGUUCAAGUUUCAAAUUGGUAAAGAGGAAGUGGAGUUUGAUUUGAGUAAAGUAGAAAAGUAUCCCUCUUUUACCGAUCAUGUUUAUUCUGUUGAUAUAUGUGAUGAAUUGACACUAGAGAUGAGUCGAGUUAAUCUUGGCUAUGACUUUCUUGAACUUUGUCUCAAUGGUAUAGGUUUGCAAGAAGAAAAAAUAGAAGAAAUGACCAAAUAUUUACAGGCACAAGUCCUUUACAAAAGGAGCAAUACUUAUGAGGAGUUAGGGUUGAGUAAAGGGCUACCUCUAUCAUCGUGUGAGCUAGCUCCACGGCUUGAGUUUAACCCACUUCCUAAACACCUUAAAUAUGCAUUUCUUGGAGAAAAGGAGACAUUUUCGGUGAUUGUCAAUGCCACACUUGAUGAGGAACAACUUGGCAAGCUCUUACGUGUUUUGAGGAAACAUUUAAAGGCUAUAGGAUGGACCAUUUCUAAUAUCAAAGGAAUUAGUCCAACUAUUUGUAUGCAUCAAAUUUUGUUGGAAGAAAACGCUAAGUCGGUGGCUGAGACUCAACGAAGGUUAAAUCUAAACAUGAAAGAAGUGAGAUGUGAAGAAACAAACCUUGUAUUCAAUUGGAAAAAAUGUCACUUCAUGGUUUGUGAGGGUAUCGUCCUAGACCAUAAGAUUUCUUCAAAAGGUAUUCAGAUAGAUCAAGCCAAGGUAAAAGUGAUUGAGAGAAUGCCUCCACCUACCAAUGUGAAAGGCAUUCGAAGUUUUCUUGGACAUGUGGGGUUCUAUUGGCGAUUGAAGAAGAAACUUGUCUCCGCACCCAUAAUAACAUCAUCAGAUUGGAGUUUACCGUUCGAUUUGAUGUGUGAUACUAGUGAUUUUGCGGUGGGAGCUGUUCUUGGGCAAAAGCAUGAUAAGAGACUUCAUAUCAUUUACUAUGCAAGUAAAAUGCUCAAUGAAAUUCAAAUCAAUUACGCGACAAUGGAUAAGGAGUUGCUAGCGGAAUUUGAUUUAGAGAUCAAAGAUAAAAAGGGAUUCGAGAAUUUAGUCGCAGAUCAUCUUUCUAGAUUGGAGAACAUGCCUCAAGAAGCCCAUAUUUCUAUUAAAGAAGAGUUUCCAGAUGAGAUCUUAUUGGCUAUUCAAAAGUCACCAUGGCAUAAAAUGACACUUCCCUAUCAUCCUCAAGCCAAUGGCCAAGCAAAGUUGACAAAUCGAGAGAUCAAACUCAUUCCAGAGAAAAUAGUCAAUCGAUCGAGAAAGGAUUGGUCAAACAAGUUAGAAGAUGCCUUGUGGGCAUAUAGAACGGCAUUUAAAACGCCAUUAGGAAUGUCUCCAUAUAAGUUUGUUUAUGGGAAAGCGUAUCAUUUGCCUGUAGAAAUUGAACAUACAGUUUAUUGGGCCAUUAAAGCUAUUAAUUUUUAUUUUAAAUCUGCAGGUGAAAAGAGAAUGCUCAAGCUAAGCGAAUUGGAGGAAUUGCGUUUAACUUCGUAUAAAAAUGCCAAGAUUUACAAAGAAAAAGUGAAAUUCUGGCAUGAUAAACAUAUCCUCCCUAAGCAUUUUAAAGAAGGACAAAAGGUAUUAUUGUUUAACUCAAGGUUUAGAUUGUCCCCUGGAAAGCUUAAGUCUCGAUGGUCCGACCCAUUUGAAGUUGUUCGCACAUUUCCUUACGGAGCGGUGGAAAUUAAGGGGGAAAAUGAUGCCCCAUUCAAAAUGAACGGUCAACAAUUGAAACCUUAUUUGACCGGAGAGAAGGUUCCUAAAGGAGUGAUUUACUUCUUGGGAAACACAUUUAAAAAUUAA